AGGAAAACACCGCGUAUCACAAAUCCUUGAGUAUGCGUUGAUAAAACAAAUCUCUGGAAUAAAUGGACAGAAAUGUUUUACGCCAAUCAUCCGCCUACAGUAUUUCAAAAUCAGUCAAUGAAGAGGGAAACAGUGAACUUUCAAAUCUAAUCUUCGGAAUUUCUUCGAGAAAGCAGAUAAAUUCACCUGAUAAGCAUUACACAAGAAAUUCAGCUAUGUGUAACACGAACAGAAUUUUUGCUAAAAGUACAUAUGGCCAGAUAUCCAAAAGUGACGAUGCCUGUUUGGAUGAGAUUAUCAUUCUCAGAAAAAAAGUAGCCUUACUUAGUAGACAAAAUAAAGAUCUAAACGCACAAUGCCGUACUUUAAAAGACAAUUUGGUUAAAACAGAGAAUGAACUUACAAUGCUGGUCAAUCCUGUUAAAAGCUCAAAAAUAAACCAGAAUGCAGGCUGCUACAAACAGAAAUCACUUAAAAAUAUUCGUUUACUUCAUCAGAAGUUUUUCAAACUGCAGACCCAACUUCAAGAUAAAGAUUCUCAGUACAACCGUUUGAUUACAGACAUGAAAUUUACUCGGAUUGAAGAGUUGCGAGUACAGUUGGAGACUGCAUUUGCAGAAAUUAGGCGACUAAAAGAACAAAAUCAUAUAUUAUCCUAUCAGUGUUCAGAGGAAAAAAGACAAUCGACUAUUAAACCAAAGAGAAGUUUUUCCAGUGAAAACAAUCAAUCUAAUUUUCAAAUUAAAACAUUGGGCAGAGUGAUUAAAGAGUUAGAUCAGCAGAAACAGGAGUUGAUAGCAAAGAAUCAUUGUUUAGUAAACAAAAUUCAAAAGCUUUACAGGCAUUUGUCAUCGAAUGAUGUAAAAGAGGAUAUCACUCCAUAUCGUGCUUGUCAGGAUAAUGAGUGUAAUGUGCAGAUUGGAAAGUUUAAAACAUCCUCAGAGGAUCUUUUGGUGGCCACGAUUGUUGGAAGUACUGUAUCCCACAAUGUUACUAAUCAAGCUCCAAAAGUAUCAACGAUUGUUCAAAGAGAUGAGACCAUGGUAAGUGAAUUAGCGUCGGCUAAGGCACAAAUUGCUAAUUUACAACAUUUAAACAAAACAUUAUCAGAAUCGUGUGAAAAGAUGAAGAAAGAUUAUGAAAUAAUGGAAAAGAAAAUGAUAGAACAGGAAGCUGAAAUUCAAAAAUAUCAAAGAAAAACCGUGCGGGAAAAUCAGUGUCAAACAGAAAUAAAAAUAAGGGAUGAGAACACAAAUGAUGAAAAGUUGGAAAAUGGUGGAGUGGUUGUUAAAAUGAAAAUCGCAGAAAAGAAUAUUGUAAAACAAGUAAAGAACAUUUUACCUACGAAAAACCUUCAUUAUGAAGAUGAUGAGAAUGCUUUUAAUCACAGAAACGAAGAGAACCAGUAUGAAAUGAAACACAUCCAAGAACGAAAUAGUCUCAACGGUCAAAGCAACCUUGGUAACUAACUUCUUAUAAAACAAAAGACCAAUGAUAUGGAAAAUAAAGUUCGAUUGCAAGAGAAUCUGAAGGCAAAUGAUGAUGUGAUAGACUUUAUAUGAUUUCAUCUGAACUCUCAUUAUCUUCUCAGGAAUUCCGUUCUCUUUUUUUAUUUGCUCUGUUAUAAUGAAUUUCCCUUUUUUUUUAAAAAAAACUUGUUUAAAAAUGCUAAUAGUAAUCUUGUAGGGAGUUUAAUAACAUGACAUAAUAAUUACAAAUUAUCUUUAAUACUCUAUUUUAGUCUUGUUAUAACGCUCGGUUUUACUUCGUCUAAUGUUAUAACGGUUGGGUUUUCACGUGUACACGUAUGGGACGUUAAUUUACCUUAGACGAAUAUCUACACUAGAUCCUCACCCCACCCAGUGUCUAUUCUACAGGACGUCAGCACAACUCAGAUUAAGAAUACGUGAUUAGCCUGACCACAACGUAAUGUAUUUCCACACCAAAAGCCUGACACAAUCCAACAAUAAUGAACGAUCAAUAAUAAAUUUCGCAACAUUUAUGGUCUGUCGGGUUGGCAAUCUAUGCUCACUGUUGAUUUUUCAUAACCAACCAUUUUAUCGCUGUUAAAUGUUUAAUUUCACCAUUUGAACGGUUACAAACUUCAAUUUAAGGUAUUUGUUACCGUAUUUUACCUUUAAUUAUUUGACUGAGCUGUGACUAUCGAUUUCUGUCCUACGUAGUAACAGUAAUAGUUGUUUGAAAUCUUGAUGGACGAAUAAUAAUCAAUACCCAUAAGUCUGAAUUAUAAUCAGCAUGUUAUUAUUUCUUAGUAAUAAAGGUAAAGGUCUAACACUGUUUUGAUUAAAAUGAUGCAUUCACAGUAUAAUGUAAUGAAGUAGUUUUUAGACAAUAGGGAGUUAGAGAUAAAUGGUAGGAAACCCUGAAUCUAAGAAGGUCCUAGUUUGUAAGGCCUAUCUGCAAUUUUGUGAGGAGUGAUUUUCUAUGUGAGAUUAUUUUUUGAAGUACUACAUAGUAACCAAUGUUCUACUGUCAAGUUAUUAGUUCACAACCGAAUCACAGUAUGAAAGCUGUACUAAGAGACAAGCAAUCGUAAUGGACUUUAUUUAAUAUUAAUUGAUUGAAGGUUAUUUACAGGAAACACUACAAGUCAGUUUCUAAGACGGUUGACACGUAGUCAAGAAUUAGAAGAUUUUGAAGCUGCAGGUCAAAACUAAAAUCAAGAAAUUCUAGACAGGAAAAGCCUUAGAAAACGACAAGUUUACUGAACAAUAAAUUUCUUUUAAACUAUAUUUAUUAUGUAGAUACUUUAUGACUUAGAAU